AUGGUACGCAAGCGUACUACUGCUCCUGCAUCGGAGGGCCCUAGCAAGAAGGCCCAAACGGAUCCCAGCGCUGCUUCGGAUGACGCAGCAAAUCGGCUGCUACAGAGCAACCAAUUCUCGGUGCUCGGAGUAGAAAAUGGCGGUGGUGUAAUUGUUGUAAUUGCGAAAAAGGAGCGGAUUCCCCCGCUGUUUACCCCGAUGAAGGACGUCGCCCAGCUUAGGGAUGAGCUGGCAAAACGCAAAUUGUUCCCGCGAUUCAUAAUCUGUAGCGUUGGAACAAAGAUCAUGUGCUCCAGCCUACAGCAGUACAAGUCGGUCGGUGACCUGCUGAAGAACAGCACAGUGGAGUUUUACACUCACGAUUUGCCUUCGAUGAAACCAUUGAAGGUUGUUUUACGAGGUCUGCCGUCGCACGAAGCGGCUACCGUAAAAGAUGAGCUGGUGAGGCUCGGAUUGACACCAGAGGCAGUCCACCCAAUGAAUCGACGGCCUAUGCCCAAUACCAACUAUCGUGACCAACUGUUUCUGGUCCACCUCACGAAGGGCUCCACCACCCUUGCUGCGCUCAAGAGCAACAUACGUGACCUGUUUCAGGUCAUUAUCGACUGGGAAUACUACAAGCCGCAACACCGUGAUGUGACCCAAUGCACAAGUUGCCUCUCCUUCGGUCAUGGCACGAAGAACUGUCAUAUGAAACCACGCUACGACAAGUGUGCUAUGGCCCACUCGACGGCGACCUGUGCUCAAGCUGAUGACACCGACCCGAAGUGCGUGAGUUGCGGCGGAACUCACCGUGCCACUACUCGGGACUGUCCCAAGCGAACGGAAUUCAUCACCAUGAGGAAGAAGGUGGCUACUAGCAACCAGCCAGGCCGGCAUCGAAAUAAACGUCCACCACCAGCCAUCACGGACGAACAAUACCCGGAAAUCCAUCCUCGUCGUCUGGUCCCAAAUCUUCCACCGCUACCUCUCAACAACAGUCAACGAGCCACCCCCUCAGCUCAGCAUCGCUUCACUGCUGCUACAGCUCUGCCAAAUCAAGCUUCUGCCUCGGCGCCUGGACUAUCGUAUGCCCGUGUUGCCUCAGGUGACUCAGUUGACGAAUCUCCGUUAACAUCAGAGGAACUAGUAACGCUGGUUGCAGAGGUGAUCGUCAUUCUGUGCACCUGCAAGACUCGAUCUGAACAGCUUCAUGCUGCCUUGGCACUCGUCACCAAGUAUGGACCGUGA